AUGUAUCAAGCCCAAAUACGACAUCAUAUAGAUUCAAUUGUUGUUUAUUUAAAUAAAUAUUUUGAUUUGAUAAAUUGUCACAUGGUCGACUAUUUCACUAAUGAUCAUUGGAAUAAUUUGAUUUCAGAAGAAAUCAGAAAUUAUGUUACCGAGACAAAUAUAGGGAAACUAAUAGAACAAACAUUUUUUGAACAAACUAAUAACUCUUUUAACCCGGUUGAACAUUAUGUUAAUUCUUGCAAAUCUCUUUGGCUUGAAAAUCUGAAUAUAGGAAUUGAUCUUCCAGAUUUUUAUAGAAUAAUAAAAUCAGUGCCAACAGAAGAUGCGUUGAGUGUUAAAGGAUUUAUGAACGAGAAAAAAUUACAUGAGGUGGAAAUUACUUCCAAUUUCAUAGCUAACCUUAUAAAAUCAUCUGACAGUGAAGGUGUUUACAUUGUAGAUGCAGGUGAUGGGAAGGGCUACUUGUCAUCUCGCAUGGCUUUGCAACAUCAACUAAAAGUUUUAGGAAUUGAUUGUAAUGAAACUAAUUCCGAAGGAGCAACACAACGAAACAGAAAGUUGCAGAGAGUUUGGAAAGGCUUAGUUGAAAGAGAAAAUAUAAUCAGCAUUGGACAAAAGCCAGAACGUCGAAGAGCGAAAAAAAGCCAAUCUUCUACAAAUAAAACAAACCAUACGAGUAACGCUUCUGAAAACUAUAAAGUCGUUACCGAAUUUAUUUCACCAAAAUCAAAUUUCAUUUCAAUGAUUAAAGAGCAGUUUAAAAUGGAUAAUGAAGAAAACAUUAAUAUUUGUCUUACUGGCUUACAUACUUGUGGCAAUUUAGCACCAACUUGUCUUAAAAUUUUUAAAGACCAAACCUGUAUUAAAUAUUUAUGUAAUAUUGGAUGCUGUUAUCAUUUACUCAAUGAAGAAUUUUGUGAAGAUGAUUUUUUUGUUAAUAAAAAUAUCAGUUCAAAGAACAAAGAUUUAGGAUUCCCUUUAAGUAAUUAUCUGAAAGAAAGCAAAUUGGUACUGGGACGAAAUGCUCGAAUGCUGGCUUCACAGUCAGUUCACAGAACGUUUUUUAAUAAAGAGCUUCCAGACAUAUCAUUAUUCUACAGAUCUUUAUUAGAAGAAAUUAUUGUUGCAGAGAACCCUCUUUUAAAAAAUUUGGUGCAAGUGGGAAAAAUUAAAAAAUUUACCAACUUUCAACAUUAUUUUCAAAAAUGUAAUGAAAAAUUGAAUUUAAACCUAAGUCAUUUAAGUGCAGAAUAUUUGUCAACAAUAGAAAAAAAGUACCAUAAUGAACAAAACAAAUUAAAUUUGUUUUACUUUUUACGAAUGUGUAUGGCCCCAAUUAUUGAAAGUUUAAUAUUAUUAGAUCGUCUAUUAUUUUUGUAUGAGGAGAAUUUCAACAAAACUUAUUUAAUUAAGCUAUUUAAUCCUGUUAUUUCACCAAGGUGUUAUGCAAUUGUAUCUGUAAAAAAAUAAAUUUUAAA